GACAAAGCAUGGUCAUGCCAACAGCAACGCCGGGCAGCACCAAAGCAAUUGUUCUCUCAGCUUGCUUCAGGAUGCCAAGACAGGUGCCUCUGAAGUGAAUACGUUCUCUCUAUUUUUCUUUAUUUGUACUUUGCACCGGGCUCACUCGCUUCACCAUGGAGUUUGGGAGAUACCAUUUGAAUCUUAAAACGGUGCUGUUGACCAUGAUGAUGUUCAAAUGGGGAAUAUUCUGCACCGCGACCAGUGACAAGUGUUUAUCCAGGCCCUGCCAGAAUGGUGCCACCUGUGUGGGCACCAUGGACGACUAUGCGUGCAUCUGUCCCCCUCGAGACGAGGUCCGCUACAUGGGCAAAGACUGCAAUGAACUCUACGACGCUUGCUUCUUUGCCCCCUGCACAGACUGCAUCAGCACCCCCGGCACGUCCGAUUACCACUGCGUCUGUCCCGAAGGAUUCACUGGGGACAACUGCACGGAGGAUGUGGACGAGUGCGGUAGCAGCCCUUGCUUCACACCCCGCACGGAGUGCAUCGACCUGGUCAAUGGCUACUUCUGCCGAUGCCCGCCUGGCUACGGAGGAGAGGACUGCCAAGAGCGGGUGACCGACUGCAUCGACGAGCCAUGUCUGAACAACGGCUCCUGUGUGCUGUUACCCGAGGGGUUUGAGUGCCACUGUGCGCCAGGUUUCGAAGGGGAGCACUGCAAAGACGACGUGGACGAAUGCGUGUCGCAUCCUUGCCAGAACGGGGCCAUCUGCAUAAACGGCGUCGCGGAGUAUCACUGUUACUGUGUUCCGGGCUUCCAGGGCUAUAACUGUGAAAUCGACAUCAACGAGUGCGCUUCACGACCCUGUGAGAAUAACGGAACCUGUGUCAACGAGAAGGACCGGUACCUAUGUGAGUGCCUCGCGGGGUUUACAGGACUGAAUUGCGAGGUGGAGGUAGAUGAGUGCGAGUCCAACCCGUGCCGCAACGGAGGCACAUGCAGUGACCUGAUUGGCCUGUACUCCUGUGACUGUCUGCCUGGGUUCGAGGGCACCGACUGCCAGGUGGACAUCGACGAGUGUGCCAGCGAGCCGUGCCGGAACGGAGCACUAUGCAACGACAAGGUGGACAGUUAUGAGUGUGACUGUGAGGAGACCGGCUUCAUGGGGGACUACUGUGAGGAGGACAUUCCUGAGUGUGCGUCUGACCCCUGUCAGCACGGCGCCACCUGCCUGGAGGGAGUCAAGGAGUACACCUGUCUCUGCUGGCCGGGUUAUGAGGGGGAGAACUGUGAGGCUGACAUUGACGAGUGUGCUGAGCAGCCAUGUGAAAAUGAUGGAGAGUGUUUUGAGCGUUCCGACACAUCCCACUGGGAAAUGGACUGGGAGUUCAGCUUUGCUGAUGCUUCUGGAUACCUGUGCCAAUGUCAACCUGGCUUCGCAGGGGAGAACUGUUCAGUGAAUGUUAACGAAUGUGAGUCUGACCCGUGUCAGAAUGGAGGCUCCUGUGAGGAUCAGGUGAACGGCUACACCUGCUUGUGUGCACAAGGAUUUAUUGGGGAAAUCUGUGAGAUAAACGUUGACGAGUGCGAGAGUCAGCCGUGUCUGAAUGGCGCCUGGUGCGAGGACGGCGUGGCCAGCUACACCUGCCACUGCCCGCGUGCCGAGCCCGACGACCUGCCCUGGGGUGGCCCCCACUGCGACAUCCAGCUGCUGGGCUGCGUGGACCACGACUGCCAGAACGGCGCCACCUGUCAUCCAUGGCUGGAAGGCGGAGAGCACCGCCACAGCUGCCACUGCCCCCACGGCUUCUACGGCGAGUUCUGCUCUACUCCUACCACUUUCGCAUUCUCCACCCCGGGCUUUGUCCACAUUGUGGUCACACUGGAGGAGAAGCUGCGGAGACGGAGGCAGGCUGAGCUCCGACACGCCGGGAAGGGAGUCCGGCUGCGCUUCCGUACUAGCUUGCCCGACAUGGUGCUCUUCUAUCGCGGCGACGGCGACAGCUACCUCCUGCUUGAGAUCGUGGGUGGCGGUCUUCGGGCCAAGGCCUCCUCGGAGGACGCAGAACUGGAGGUGGCCUUCUCCGGCCUGGUCAGUGACGGGGACUGGCGAGACGCUGAUGUGUAUGUGAAUGAGAAGGAAGGGCUAGUUAUGAACCUUAAAGGGCCGGGAUGCGACAACGAUGGGUGCACGGUGGAGGACGGUGGCCUAGAUGGGCCAAACUUUGUUCCCUCUGAGGCGUUUGGCAACGUCUAUGUGGGUGGUGCCCCAGAAGAGUUACUUGAGCACACUGCGAGCGGCAAAGGGUUUGUGGGGUGCAUGGAGGACCUGCGGAUUGACUUCCAGGUCAUCCUGCCUCAGAGCCUUCCCGAGGAGAAGGCCCGUGGGAUGGAGCUGGGCUGUAGCAAAACCGAAUGGUGCCAACCGGACCCUUGCUUGGGUCAAGGCCACUGUGUAGACUUGUGGGUCCACUACCGUUGUGACUGCAACCGGCCCUACUAUGGUCACAGCUGCUCCCAUGAGUUCCCCUCCUGGACGUACAGCCACGAGGAAACCGUGAGCUACAGCGCGUAUGACAUUGGCGCUGAUCACGGAGCCAACUUCAGCAUCUCCUUCUUCCUGCGGUCCCUGAAGCCCGACGGCCUGCUUCUCCAGCUGAGGCGACCUGGCGCGGGCCGAGAAGAGGGCGGGGCCUACUUCAACAUCUACCUGAGGACGGGGAGAGUCCAUGUCAGCUCCCAGCCCGACAGCCUCCCACUGACGGCGCCCAUCGUUGUGACCACGGGCAAGAAGCAACUCCUCCGGGUGGAAGUUCAGCACGGGCGGGUACUGUUCGAGCACGCCGGCCUGCGCUACGGCAUAGGCACGGUGCCGGAGGUGGAGGUGCGCGGCGGGGACCUGGCCUACAUCGGGGGUCUGCCCGGGGACGUGGAGACGUCCGAGGCCUGGGGGGGACACUUCAAGGGCUGCCUGCAGGACCUGCGUCUGGACAGCGUGCAGCUGGACGUGGACGCGUGGAACAGCACACUCAACCACUCAGAGGGGGAGGUGUACUUCCCCGCCGAUGCUGAGAACAUAGAGCCGGGCUGUGUUAGCGACGACGCCUGCCAGGCGGAGCCCUGCCACAACAGUGGAGAGUGCAGCGUCACGUGGAACGACUUUGAGUGCUCCUGCACCGCGGCGUUCACCGGGAAGACCUGCGACCGCCGCGUCUGGUGUGUCAGCGAUCCGUGUGUCAACGGCGGCCAGUGUGUAGACCUGACCGACGGAUACGAGUGUGUUUCCAACGCCACCUUCCGGAACAACCCGGUGCGUUACAGCGCCAAGGGUUCCCCGGGCCUGCCGCUGACGGCCGUGUACCUGGAGCUCCGCACCCGCUCCGAGAACGCCGUGCUGCUGCGCGCGUCCCGCGGGGCCGAGCUCCUGGUCAUGGGACUGCUGGACUCCUCCGUCCGCGUCGAGAUCCACAGCGGCAACAGCGUCGAGCCGCUGACCUUCUCCGGCGUGCGCCAUGUGUCCGACGGCGGCUGGCACCGCGUGCGCGUCGCCAUGGCCGACCCGGGCCGCGAGGCCUCACCCUGGGUCAUCGCCGUGGACGGCAUCACCGACGCCAGCAGCGCCCCCGGAGAGGCGGGUGCCCUGCGUUCGCUCAGCGAGGACGGGGCCGAGGUCGUCCUCUCCGAGAGCUUCAGGGGCUGCCUGGGCACCGUGCGGGUCGGCGGCGUCUACCUGCCUUUCGUGGACGACGGACAACCGCCGCAACCGGCCCGCUUCCUCAGAGCCGGCGACACGGAGGUGGGUUGUAGGAGUGCGGACGUGUGCCGUUCAAACCCCUGCCGGAAUGGCGCCACGUGCACGGACCUCUUUGACAAGUUUGGCUGCCGGUGCCCACCGGGAUGGGAGGGGGAGCGCUGUGACGUGGAUGUGGACGAGUGCGCGUCCGGGCCCUGCGUCCACGGCGCCUGCACAGACCGGCUGGCUGGUUUUAAGUGCACGUGCGACCCGGGUUACGGGGGCGCUACCUGCUGGGAAGACCUGAACGAGUGCUUGGAGCACGGCUGUGAGAACGGAGGCACGUGCGUGGACGGGGUGAACGGCUACACCUGUGAGUGCACGGACGACUUCGCCGGCCCGCUCUGCCAGUGGCGCUAUCCUCCACUGAAGUGUGAAAAGGACGUUCAGUGUGAAAACGGGAUCUGCCGUGACGGGCUGUGGGGGGCCAACUGCUCCUGUGUUCCCGGGUAUGCAGGGGACAGGUGUGAAGUGGAGACUGAUGAGUGCGAGUCUCGUCCCUGUCAGAACGGUGGCUCCUGUAUCGAUCGACUCAACCGGUUCUGGUGUGUGUGUCUGCCGGGCUUCAGCGGGCCGUUCUGCGAAUCGACCAAACAGUCUCAUGACGGACAGGUGCCCUGGCUGGUGAUCGCCAUCCCCUUAGUGUGCCUCUGCUUCCUGCUGGCCAUCAUCGGCCUCACCUUCAUGGUGCUCACGGCCCGCAAGAAGCGCCAGUCCGAGGGUGCCUACAACCCAAGCGCCCAGGAGGUGGCCGGGGCCCGCCUGGAGAUGGACAGCAUGCUCAAGGUCCCCCCUGAGGAGAGGCUCAUCUGACCGAUUGCGGCCCCGACACAAGACUUUAUCCCGGGAUACGUUGCUAAUCUGCGUCUGGCUAAUAGGAAACCCGAUGAGUGCCGCACUGCUGGCAGGUGCGACACAGACUCACAGACUUGCGGUCGGUCCCGGUGACUGGAAGGUAGUACAGGGGGAGCAUGUGAGCUGCUGCCCCCUGCUGGAUUGGAGGGACACGUUAUUGGCGGCAGCUAUGCUGUGAUUUGUUUGCCUGGGGCAAUUGUGUGAGACGCUUUGAAUUGGCGUUGGUGAGGAAGAAGAGGAGGUCGGAGGAGGAGCGUCAGGCUGUGAGGACCUGGCAGCUGGAUGUCUGAAGGAGCGCCCCGCCUGGUGGGCGUUUCCCGAGCGGACAGGGAUGAAAUGAUAACAGCAACUCCACUGGUCACCCACAGACCGAGAGGGGACCCCAGGGCAACAGACACACAACAUCUUAGCAAACUUUCAUGAGAGACAAUGUUGGUGGAGACAGAUGGACUUACAGAAACCGGGGGAAGCACACCCACCCUUUCUGCAGGCUGGCUUGCACUUCUUGGAUCAUGUUCUGAUUUAGAUUUUAUUUUAUUUUUUACACUAGUUAGGGUAACAGUCUUUAUGGAGAAUGUGAAUAUUGUACAACUUUCAGAAUAAAAAUGUUAGAUGGUUAAUCUCUGUGAAGGUAUUUCAUGGGCCAAGAGAAACUGGAAUCGUGGUUGUGUUUUCUGUAAUCAGCCACCACAUACUUGUCACCAAGCUGAGAAUUUAGAAUCUACGACAAAGUUGUCCUCCAUGUACUGCCUUUUGGAGAAUAAAUUAAGAAUGAUCAGAAUUACAA